AUGCGGUUCCUCAUCUUCUCCUUCCUGCUGACCUCGGCAGCGGCGCAGAACAAUGGCAAGGUGCUGAAGGGUGAGGAGUGUGAGCCCCACUCCCAGCCUUGGCAAGUGGCCCUGUUCGACCGUGGACGCUUCAACUGCGGUGCUUCCCUCGUCUCCCCUUACUGGGUGCUGACCGCAGCCCACUGCCAGACCCGCAACUUGAGGGUGCGGCUGGGGGAGCACAACCUCCGCAAAAGCGACGGCAGAGAGCAGCUGCGGACAGUCUCCCGCGUCGUCUCGCACCCGGGCUACGUGGCUCGCACCCAUCUCCACGACCUGAUGCUGCUGCGGCUAACGCGGCCCGCGCGCCUCUCCCGGCAAGUGCGCCCCGUGUCGCUGCCCAUGCGCUGCCCCCAACCUGGCGAGUCCUGCGUGGUGUCCGGCUGGGGCCUGGUGUCUAAUUAUGAGUCUGGGAGCACAGGAAGCUCCCAGUCACAAGUGGAUCUCCCGGACACAUUGCAUUGCGCCAACAUCAGCAUCAUCUCAACCGCAUCUUGUAACAAGGACUAUCCAGGGCACCUGAUGAGCACCAUGGUGUGUGCAGGUGUGGAAGGCGGAGGCACGGACUCCUGUGAGGGUGACUCCGGGGGACCCCUGGUCUGUGGAGGCAUCCUGCAAGGCAUUGUGUCCUGGGGUGAUGUCCCUUGCGACACUACCACCAAGCCCGGUGUCUAUACCAAAGUGUGCAGCUACCUGGAGUGGAUCAGAAACACCAUGAAGAGGAACUGA